AUGGACAUGCCAAGAGUGUAUGAUGCCAACACACAUCCGGGGUGCUGCAGUGUGUAUGUGGCGAAUAUACCUGUAUCAGUUGAUAGUGGACGACUAAGGCGUUUGUUUUCAUCUGUGGGGAAUGUUUUACAUGUGAAGCUCCUGCUGGACAUCGCGACCGGCAUGUCACGGGGUGUUGCUUUCGUAAUGUUUGAGAAUGCUGAUGUUGCAAACAAGGCAUGCGAACUGUUGAACCGAGGUGUAUUGGAUGGAAACAUUCUGCAAGUGAGGCUUUCGGAGAAAAGCUCUUUGCACUCUUGUGUGGACUCUCACGUGAGGUCCAGUAUUGUUUACAUUCGUAAUGUCCCUUGCAAUGUUACUUUGGAGGCUGUGCAAUCCUUCUGUGCGUCUAACUUUGGACCAGUGGUAAAUGUUUCUUUACACCCUCAAUCGUAUUUGCUCAGAGGUCCAUCACCGUAUAACAUGGUGUUCGUACAUUUUUUGCACAUGUCCGAUGCAUGCAGAUGUGUUGAAGAUGUGGAUGGAAAGGCUCCCUUUCCAUUUCCUUUUCUGCCUCAUCCUUUUACUGUUGCAAAAAUGAUCAACGAUGUUAAUGUUGAAAAGCGAAAGUCGAUUAUCCUUUGUGCAAGGAGACCAACUCUUGGUGGUACACAGAUACGCGCUCCAAUCCAACCUCCCGUGAAGCAGGCACCACCCCCUUACAUUGACUCUACGGCUGUGAACCCAAUCAUUUGUGAUACUACCACCCAUUUAAUCAGGUCAAGUCCUGUUGUUUCUUUCAUCUUACCGUACCAAAACACAGAGAACUAUGUCGCGGUUGUACCAGCGCCAUUGAAUGCACCUGAUCCGCAUUUUGUACCCCAAGGACGCAUUUCUACCGCAUAUGAAACUGGACCUUUCUUCUUGAUACCAAGUCAGGCAUGUCAAGGGCUUACCUAG